AUGGCAGAUUCAAGUAAUAGCAAGGCAAGAGAGGUGAAAGUGGUGCUUUUAGGUGAUACUGGUGUGGGUAAAUCAUCGCUAGUACUGCGAUUUGUUACGAAUAACUUCCGUCCGUAUUCGGAAUCGACCAUUGGUGCGUCAUUCAUGUCUAAAAUGAUUGUUGUUAAUGACACGCCCAUUAAGUAUCAAAUAUGGGACACUGCCGGUCAAGAAAAGUACCAUAGUUUGGCACCAAUGUACUACCGAGGAGCUGCAGCCGCUAUUGUCGUGUACGAUAUUACUAGAAAGCAAUCCUUGACGACAUUGAAAAAUUGGGUGAAAGAGCUGAAACAGUUGGGUCCAGACAAUAUUGUCAUUGCCAUUGCUGGUAACAAGAGUGAUCUGGAGGAAAAGCGUGAAGUUCCAGCAUCUCAAGCACGAGCGUAUGCUGAAGAGAUUGGUGCGUUGUUUAUCGAGACAAGUGCCAAAGAAGACACGAACGUGUCGGACUUGUUCAUUCAGAUCAGUCAAGCACUGCCAAUUGCGUCUGCUGAGAGCAACGCACUGCCAGAGAUUGUGGACCCGUACGGAGCUGGCAAGAAAAAGUCUGGAGGCUGCUGUUAA